GUUUUGUAUUUUUUGUCUUUGGAGGCGUGUUUUAUAGGUUUCAGCAGCCGCUGGCUCAGAACCGAGACGAUGAGGCAGAUGAAUGAUGAAUCCUCCCCCACACGUCGUCCGUCACCGUUCCGUUUUAGCAGGGGUCUCUUUUGAGGUGUCCUGUUGGUUGUUCUCUUCUUCUUUGUGUUGCUCCUUUCUUCUGCAUCGGGACGAGGCGACGGGGAGACACUCGAAGGUGGAGAACGUCUGUGAGGUGUCGUCUGGUUUCCGAGCUGUACGCUUUUCCUGUAUGUUAGGCGAGUUCGGGCUUGUUUCGCUCGUUGGCUGGUUUCUGUGUGUGCCGCCUACCUCGCAGAGUGCUCGUGUCUAUGCUAUGAACGAGGUGUGCAUUUGGAUGGUGUGGAUUGGGGCGUGUGGCUAUAUGCGAUCAUAGGUUCGAGUUUGAGUUUGAGUUUGCCUCCGAUAUCUUGGGACAUCAUCAUGUGCCAUUCUCUGCGGAUGAUCUCGCUUGUGUUCAGAAACCACGUUCACUGUCUGAGUCUGAGUUUACGUCGAAGUCUUGGAUCGAUUUGGUUUGGUCUCGGUGGGUACAAACGUGAGUCCUUUAUGGAGUACUGCUAGUUCGGCGUGUGACAGUGUGGCAUGGCUUCUGUUUACGACGUAUCUACCGACUGUGGCGGCGUCAUCGACCGGGUUUUGGCUAUGUAUGUUAUCAUCAUCAACGCCAUUGGCAACGGCGAUAGUGCGAGGCUCUAGUGUGCGAUUGAUAACAUGAUGUAAACAUGAUAUAAACAUGAUAUACAUCGUUCUCUUCAAGGUUACGUAAACGAUAUAACUGGCUGAGUCGUUGUUU